AUGCAUCUUUGGAACGGUGUCGGAUUGCAGGCUCGCCAGGUUGGGAGCGGGCCUGAUUCGAGUCCGGGAGGUCCUCCUUCGAGCAGUGUAUCUUUGAAUAUGACAAACACCCCGACUGCAACAGCCUCGCCCACAGCUUCUGCGACGAGUACAACAUCUUCCAAUGGAGGUGGGAGUUCUUCAGUGAUCAUUCCGAUAAUAGCAGCUGUCCUUGGAGUCCUUCUUGCACUAAGCGUUUAUAUCCUCCUCCGAAGAACCCGAAUGCGACACAAGAACCCCAAAUAUGUCCCUACACCAUUCUUGAAGAAGCUGUGGGAGAAAUGGGAGCCUAAUCCCAUAAAAUACCGUUUACCAGACACGAACGACUCUCUCGAACCUAUAUCCAAUGGCCGGACGACUGGUCUUCGACCACCAGGAAGAUCUACAGCUCCACCAUCCUCCUUCGAUACAGCAACUAGAGAAGCAGUGGCCGCGGCUGAGGCCAACACUGCAGCCGCUGGCGUAGACAGGAAUACAUCGGUGCGAUCGGUCAUGACGUUACCGGCGUAUCACCAAAAUGCAAUGAAUAAUGAACAAGUACUAGGCAGAGAAGGAGACCGUGGUGGUAUCGAUGUGGUAAUCGAGUUCCCGGAAACUGUCGACGAGGAAGAACUGCGCAGAGAAGAGGAAAUGGAAGCUUUAUAUCAAGUCCGACUUGCCCGACGACGAGAAAACGAAGAACGAGAAGAGCGGAGAAGGUUACGGCGAGAAGCACGAGAGAGGGGCGAUUACGUUGCAUUACGGGAGAUUGCAGCCCGGGCUCGAGCAGCAAGCAGUACAAGUGCUUCACAAACCGUUGAAGAUUUAAGAGCCGAGCAUGAGAGGAUCAAGAAAGAACGACAAAGGGCAGUAUCAUCAGUCUCAUACGCAGACCUAGGAGUGGCACGACACGAUGGCACUAGGUUACGAGCCAACAGUCAAGACAGCGAGCGACAAGGUCUACUUGGAGACGCAGCCUCAAUAGCAGCCUCUUCACAUUACCACCGCCGCGACCGAUCCGCCAGUUCCGUCCUCUCCCUCGACACAAUGAACGAUGACCUACCAUCUCCUCGAUUAACACGAUCGAGAGCAAAUUCAGGCGCAGCAAGCGUAGGUCGGUCGAGUCACCAGGCAGAACGACCAGGGACCGCAGGUACCAGAGCAGGAAGCAGCCCAGAAAUGAUCGAACACGACGACAUCCCUCCCAACAGUCCUCCAGGAUAUGAAAAUAUCUCCCUCGAUACACCACACGAUGAGAUCCCACGAAAUCCUCUCGAACCACCUCCAGAUUAUUCCUCGCCUGUCCUCGCUCGCGGAGAUCCUCACCCUACAAUCGAAUCCGAACUCCCCACCUCGGAAUUCAACACACGACGCGAUUCGAGACGCCAAUCGACAGCGAGCAGCCGACGCGAAUCGAGGAGGAGCUCAACACAUAUCGCACAAUUAAUCAGCGACAGUAGAACGAGCAGUAACGCGAGUUCAGGAAGCCACAGAAGCGGAGUAGGCGGUGUACCACAACUGCCAAGUCUGAGAUUGGCGCAAUUACCCAGCAUACUGGUUGACCCUGGAAGCCCUCGAGUAGGCAGGGUACAAGAAGAGAAUUUUGGAGAUGAAGAGAGAGAUUUAACGGAUCAGAGGGAACACCACCAAUGA